AAUUCUGGGAGGCUAAUUAAAAGAAUUGGCUGAGUAAAAUUCCCGAUGCGAAUUCCGCAGGCCGCGCGAGUGGAGUCAACGUGGGGGUGUCGUCAGUGUGGAAGGCUAGACUCGGGCGAUGAGGCUUUUCGACGCUCACUGCCACCUCCAAGACCGGAGGAUCGCCGCUGUCGCACCGCAGCUGAUCCGCGUAGCCCUCGACUCCGGCGUCCAACGCUUUGUCGUCAAUGGAGUCUCGGAGGAGGACUGGCAUAUUGUCAAGCAGAUGGGGGACGACUACCCUAGCAUAGUUCCAUGCUUUGGUCUUCAUCCUUGGUUCAUUGUGGAGAGAUCUCCAAAUUGGUUUAAUUCGCUGAAGGAAUUCCUGGUUGAUACACCGGCUGCUGCCGUCGGAGAGAUUGGGCUUCAUAAAGGUGCACAUGGUAAACUGACUGAUUUCUCAGAUCAGGUUGAUGUGUUCAAGCAACAACUUGAACUUGCAAAAGUGUUAGAGAAACCUGUUUCUGUCCAUUGUGUUGGUGCCUUUGCAGAACUUCUAGAUAUCAUGUCCUGUACUGGGCCUUUCGAAGCAGGCGUUAUUCUGCAUUCCUAUAUAGGGUCGGCUGAGUUGGUCCCUUGUUUAGCAAAGUUGGGCUCAUAUUUUUCAUUUUCUGGGCACCUCACAUCCAUGAAGCCAGAGAAAGCAAAGAAAGUUGUCCAGUCAGUACCUAAAGACAGAAUUUUGAUUGAGACAGAUGCGCCUGAUGGAUUGCUAAGAUUGAAAACAGAUCAUUUAUUUUCAAUCCCUGAUGUUCCCAUAACAGAGUUGGAAGAACAAUCUGGAGGUUCUGUUCCGCAGCCAGCAAGUCUGUCAAGGGAAGGACUAAAUCAUCCUGCUAACAUUCAUAGUGUUUUGAAUUAUGUUGCGACGUUGCUGGAAAUGCCUGAGGAACUACUAGCUGAGCUAAGUUUCCAAAAUGCCUCUCGCUUAUUCUCCUAUCCCGGUUCAAAGGUUGGUUGUGAUGGAUGAAGCUUGUUCAACUUCUAGUGGGUAGCUGCUAAGCCAGUACUGGAACCAUCCGCUUCUACUCAUGGUUAUUUGCAGGUCUUAAUAUUAACGACUCCCUCUUGUAAAAAUAUUUUGUAAAACUGACUGCAGUUCUUUUUAAAUAAAAUCUAUUUACUUGUC